AUGGAAGCUAAACAUUCAAGCAGCUACUCAGCAUUGCUAAAUUUCAACGUCGAUGAGCAGAGCUUUUACAACAACUUGUUUGAUAAUAACAAGAGCAACUACCAGACGAACAGCAACAACAACAGCAAUAACAACAACAAUCUUGACCUCUUUGCACAACAAUUCCUCAAUGACGUUGACAACUUCAUGUUCCAAGAAGAAGAAAAACCUCAACAGCCACAACCCCAACUCUCACAAUAUGAUAACUUCAACCAGGUUGAACAAUUAAACAGCUCAAUCAACGAAGCUCUUUUAGGUUUUCAAAGCUUGGAUUUGCCAUCUGGUAUGGCUGAAUUGAAUAGCAGUAACAAUGUCGGGACAAAACAGCAUCACUCACAGCAAAGCUACAAAAGGCAUUCAAAGAAACCUAGUGGGACAGCUAUAUUUGGGUUCCACGGCAGGGAAUUAUCUAUUCCUGGUAUUAAUCCUAUUGACUUGAAAGAUGUCAUUAACACUCUUCCAUCCUCAAAUCCCUCGGCAUCAGGACCUACCAUUCCUUCGCCUGCUAAGGAAAGAAAUACUAGAAGAUUGAACAAAAUCAUUGAUCCAAAAGCCAUUACUUUGUCCAAAGAUUAUAUCAUUACAAGCAACAGACCAACUUCGUACAAGUUUCCUCCAGAUCCUCCUACACUUCCUACCAAUGCUAAACCACAACCUUCCCAGUUUGCUUCUGAAAUUGCCAAAAUGAUGCCAAAGCAAACCAUUGGUCACUACGGUAACAAUAUUCAAGAGAUUUUGGAUACUACAGUAAGUCAGCCACCCCAGAAUUUAAGAGGGUCCUAUCAUAGCCACAGUCCAAUGGCAGAAAAUUCAGAAAGCUGCUACCCAACCCCAAUCGCAACUGCUAAUCCAUCGCCCGUCAAAAGAAGCUUUAAUGUGAACAACAUGCCAUUACAGCCUCCAAAUUCGUAUCCGGAAAGAGCCACCCCAGAUUUGAAAAGCCAAAAUACUUGUGCUCCUCCUAAUAUCUAUAUGACCCCAUCCCCGAAGUAUUCUCAAUUCUCUCAAAAUGCUCCUUCAUUCACAUCCCCUGAAGAAUAUACUUACAUGCAAACUACAACUCCAUCCUCUUCCCAUAACAGCUCCCCACUUAAGUCUAUUCCAAAUCCCAACAAAGAGCAGCUCUCGUGGGAAGGAAUAAUGGCUGCCCCACAAACUAGUAAUUCCGAUAAUCUCGUAUCUUCUUCACCUCCACAGAUGCACCAUCACCACCACCAUCACACAUACACCCACCAAAAACCUAAGAGAAAAGGCGCAGACAAAGUGUCAACCUUGCCUCCUGGUUAUAUCGAUCAGUUUAUCCUUGGUCCUGACAAUAACAAAAAAUACAUUUGCAACUACAACAACUGUGGAAAGGUGUUUCAAAGAAGAUAUAACAUCAGAUCUCACAUCCAAACUCACUUGUGUGAUAGACCAUACAAAUGCUCAUUCGAUGGCUGCAGCAAAAGUUUUGUUCGUCAGCAUGAUUUGCAUCGUCAUGAGAAGAUCCACGAAAAUAAUAAAUUCUCCUGUCUUUGUGGCAAAGGAUUCACAAGAAUUGAUGCCUUGCGUCGCCAUAAAGAAAGAAACAUUUGUGUUGGAGGGAUCGAGACUGAUGCCAAUAUCAACAAGCCAAAGAAGAAGAGAGGCAGACCGAAGAAGAUCGCUGUCGAGGAUGAUAAAAAGCUUGCUGAUAAAUUGGAACAAACUGUCCAGAAUGCUUUCAACGUUGUUGACAUGGAAGAGAAUAAGCGAAAAAACGAUUCUGAGUUUUUUAUCUACGAGGAAGAUAAGGAAAACUCAUUUAGUGGUACUUCUAAUGGUAGAAAUAGUGCUCCAUUGACACCAAUAAGUUUCAAUGGACUGAGAAAGGUAUUGCCACUCACUGCUAGACUUCAUUGA